ACAGAUGCGGCCCUGGCUGGUGAUGCUCUUCGCUUGGUGCAGCAAUCCCUCAAUUCUCUGCUGGAUCCACAUAACGAUAGACAUGGCCUCAUAAAGACAGCCCAGCAGUCGGAGUUCUAUAGUAACGUGACAGGAGGCGUCCAGUGCUGGACCCAGCCUCCAGUUCCGUGGAUCCAUGGACCUACAGUCAGAGACGUUUUGUUGAAGUCCAUGGUCUCUGGGAUCACAGGACCGGUUAUACUUGACCAGCAUGGGGUCAGGACUGGAUACAAACUAGACCUGAUGCACUUAGAGUAUCGCACUCCUCUGAAGAAGGUUGGAACCUGGACACUCAAAGACCGAGUUAUUUCUACUUUGCCGCGAACAGUGAUCAGCAAAAGUGCACAGAACUUGAAUCGGACUAGAGUCGCCACAACGAUUUUG